AUUGUUGUAGUGUUUCAAUGAGUGAUCAACCUAUAAAAAAAAAGAUUAAACUCUCUUUAGAGCCUUUUAUCGAAAAUAAUGUUGUAGAUAUUACAAAUACAGGACAAGAAAUAUUAAAAAGCGAUGUUCCAUUACCUGAAAAACUAAUGCAAACUGUAGAUCGCGUCUGGUUUGAAAGAGGUGAAUGGAAAGAUAUUACUGAAAAAUCAUUAUUGGAAUCGAUUGAUAAAAAGAAACGACAAUUGGAGCAAGUUGAUAAUACAACUGAUGAAAACGCGCUGACCACAACUUCUUUACAGCCUCCACCUGGUCUUGACAUUGUCAAACUUCGUGAAUCAGUCAUUAACAAACUAUUUCAUGCUAAAAGUGAAAUUGAUGUUGCUCUUGAUGUUAUCAACAUCCUCGCUUCCACUAACCACCACAAUACAACUACAAAAGAUUUAGUCUUACCACAAGGCUCAUUAUCAGCUACGUAUGUCACAAAACCUAAACAGACUACGAAACGACAACUUGAAAAUACUCAGCUUAACUUGGGUCUUAAACGAAAAAAGCAAAAGCAGGCAUCUGAAUUUUUAAAACAAAGUGCUGAAUCUUUAAAGUUAUUGGUUGAAAAGGAGCAAGUUUUUUGGGAUGAAGCAUUAGAUUUAAGAAGAAAUAAUUGGCCUUUAAUAGCAAAUCAUGGCAACGUAGCUGGUUCGAUAUUUUUGGUUCAAUAUGGAUUUAAUGAUGCUGGAUCUAAUUUUAAUGAGGUUUCUUUAGCUGAAUUAAAACGAUCAGAAGAAAUUUCAAAUACGGAUGUUCAGCUAUCAUUUCCUCAUGGAGCUACUUCACGUAAAGUAAUAGUGCGUGUAAGUCAAAGUCAUAUGGGACAGUUUGGUCAACAAAACAAGUUUUCAGAGGGUAUUUUGGGAGUUGGCAAAACGGAUGAAGUUGUUGCUGAUUUAAAUAAUAAGAAGCAGCAUAGUCAUAUACAAAAGCAAUUAUCAGAAGCUUAUUCUAGUGUAUUUGAUACAGAGUUAUUUUCAAUUAUAUUAGCAGAAGCACAAGCUUUAAAUGGAAAUGUGCGUUUUCCUGAUGAUGAAAUCGUUAUUAACAUUGAUGGACAAGUAGAUCUAUCUAUUGCUAGAGUAAUUACAACGAAAGAUAAGACAGCAAACAGUCAAGAACCAGAAAUGAUCAGUAAAACAAUCGAUCUUUCUUUUCGACUUUUACUUUUACAACAUCAACGUUAUAAUUUAUGGAAACAAAGGGCACGACUUUUAUCUUCAAAUCAUAAAAUUCAUCAACAAUUAAUUCAAAAUGAAUUAUCACUUAAAAUGUCAAAUACAAAUGUGAAUGAUGAAUCUACAGCGCUUGGUACAGGUACAGGAACUGGUGCUAAUAGCACUGCUGCUGCUGCUGCUGCUACUACUACUACUACUGCUGCUACUGCUACUGCUACUAACACUAAUACUACAACAGCAACUACUGCGACUAAUCCUAAUGCUACUACGACUAAUCCUAAUACUAAUACUACAACAAAUACAACAACAACAACAAAAACAGCAGCAGCUGCUGUAAGCGGUAAUCCAAAUAUAACCGCAAAUAAUAUGAAUCAUAUAGGAAUCACUAGCAACCAUAUAGUAGCAGCAGCAGCAGCAACAACAGCAACACACCAACAGGCUAUCGGAAAUGUACAUUCCGUUACUAACGCACGGACAUUACGUCAACGUGACCAUUUGCCACAAGAGAUUCCAAUUUUAUUACCGAUUAUGACAUUAACACGUUUCUGGGUUCAAUUUGAUAGAAUUCGAGAAGCUGUUGAACGUAUUCUAAGCCCAUUAAGAGGUAGUUUAAUGCUUUCGACUCAUUACUCAUUCUCAAAUCAUACGACCCACUCAAAGUCCGAUUAUGAUAAUAAAGUAUAUCCAGGAUACAGUGAAAUAUCAAUGAAUUUAAGUAUAAGUUUAUGCAGAGGUCCUUCUUUACAUUUUCAUUUGAAUCCAUCUGGAACGAUAUCUACUUAUCUUCCACAAACAACAAUUGUACUUCAAAACAUAUCCGAAUUUGAGACAUUCUUAAAGCGUGAAAUCAAAGUGAUUUGUUUAAAAGUAGUGUGUGAUGUUGCAAAUACAAUGUACCAAAAAUGGCAGUUGGAUCAAGUGGAUGAAGCUAUUCGUGGAUCUGUAUUAGGAAAGGGCAAUAUUAGUGUUCAAUUUAAUUCAGCAGAUCAGCUUGAAUUUUAUUUAAAUGACAAGAUUUAUAGUCUUGAAUUAAAUAAUACUGUCAUGAAUUUCAAAGAAAGAUUAACGAUGCUUAUUCAAAAGAUAAUAAUAAAUUAAGUCUUCG